AUGAUUUUGUCUGUAAAUUUUUUUUUGGAUUUUUCAUCGUUCAACAAAAAACUAAUUAAUUGAUUAGUGAAAUGUCAUAUGGCUAUUUUUAUAAUCAUGGAUUACCAUCGAUUAUUAGACAAAUUCGUCGAAUUAAACGAUUUCGUGAACCAAAAUUUUAUGCUGUAGCUGUUGGUCGUCGUAUUGGUAUUUAUCGUUCAUGGCCAUCAUGUAAAGUACAAAUUGAAAAUAUUUCUAAUGCAAAAUUUCGUCGUUUCGAUACACAUCAUGAAGCUAUUUCUUAUUUGGAACAAACACCAAAUGAACUGCCAUUACCAUUACAAGAUCAAAUGAAACAAAUAGAUUCGAUUAACAGUAAUGAUAAUGAUUUGGUUGAUGAUUCAUCCAUUGUUUAUAUUGAUGGUGCUUGUUGGCGUAAUGGAUUACCAGAUGCAUGUGCUGGUAUAGGUAUUUAUUGGCCUGGUGCACCUGAACGAAAUCAAAGUCUUAUAAUUGAUGGUCGACAAACAAGUAUUCGUGCCGAAAUUUGGGCAGCAAUAUUUGCCAUACGACAAGCUAAACAAAUUGGUUUAGAUAAAAUUACUAUUUAUACUGAUUCACAUUUUGUUAUACAAACAGCAACUGUUUGGUUAUAUAAAUGGAAACGUAAUUGUUGGUUAACAUCAUCCGGUGUUGAAGUUAAAAAUCGUUAUGAUAUGAUGGCAUUAGAUGAAUCAAUUAGACAAAUGAAAAAAAUUAUAUGGCGUCCUGUACGUGGUCAUUCAGGUAUCCCGGGUAAUGAAGAAGCUGAUCGUUUAGCUAAUGCUGCUAUUGCUAAUUAUGAACAACAACAAUCCAAAUCAAUCAAUAAUAAUAAUAAUAAUAAUGAAAAUCUGUCUAAAGAUUAAAUAAUUUCCAAAAAACAAAAAAUUCUCUAAAUUCAUUUUUUUUCAUUAUUUUCAAGUUUGCUUGCUUUUCAAAUGUCAAAUAUCAAAAAUCAAUGAAAUUGAUUUUUUCGUUCUUUCCAUCAAUUCAGCGCAUCGCCGUAGAUUCUCCUUGACGAUAGAUAGAUAACGAG